AUGGAGGCGGGCGGCGGGGGCGCGUCCUCGCUGCCGCCCUUCCUGAGCAAGACGUACGAGAUGGUGGACGACCCGGCCACGGACGCCGUGGUGGCGUGGACGCCGCCGGGGACCAGCUUCGUCGUCGCUAACCAGGCCGAGUUCUGCAGGGAUCUGCUCCCCAAGUACUUCAAGCACAACAACUUCUCCAGCUUCGUGCGGCAGCUGAACACCUACGGCUUUAGGAAAAUUGAUCCUGAACAAUGGGAGUUUGCAAAUGAGGAUUUCAUUAGGGGAGAACGGCACCGACUGAAAAAUAUACACAGGCGCAAGCCUAUAUUCAGCCAUUCAUCGCACACUGGAUCUGGACCGUUAGCAGAUACUGAAAGGAGGGAUUAUGAGGAGGAGAUUGAAAGGCUUAAGUCUGACAAUUCAGCUCUGACCUCAGAGCUUGAAAAUAAUGCACAAAAGAAACUUGUUACAGAGAAACGAAUGCAGGAGCUAGAAGAUAAGUUGAUCUUUUUGGAGGAUCGGCAGAAGAAUCUGAUGGCAUAUGUCAGGGAUAUUGUACAAGCAUCAGGAUUUUUAUCUAGCUUUGUGCAGCAACCUGAUCUUCACGGAAAGAAAAGGAGACUACCAAUACCUAUUUCUCUCCACCAAGACGCAAAUACUGAGGGGAACCAGAUUGUGCAAGGCGGCUUAACGAGCCCACCGGCUUGCAGGGAAUCAUUUGACAAAAUGGAAUCUUCCUUGAACUCAUUGGAGAAUCUCCUUCGGGAAGCGAGUGAAGCAUUUAAUAUUUCAUAUGAUGAUGGUCUACCUGGCCCUUCAUCUGCUGUUGUUAUCACGGAGCUCCAUUCAUCUGGAGAAAGUGAUCCUCAUGUACCAUCACCUGUGUUAAGGAUGCAUACAUCUUCAGCUGGUGCAGGUGAUUCGCUCUCUUCUCGUGAUGUAACAGGGUCAACUAGCUGCGCAGAAAGUCCUCCCCUCCCUCAAAUGCAGUCCUGUACAGAUCCACGAACUAAGGUGUCUGAGAUUGAUGUUAAUAUGGAGCCUGCUGUUACAGAAACUGGUCUGUCAAGGGAUCAACCUGCCGAGGAGCCUCAUGUAGCAACUGGGGUAAACGAUGGCUUUUGGCAGCAGUUCCUCACGGAGCAGCCUGGUUCUGAUGCACAUCAGGAGGCCCAAUCAGAAAGGCGAGAUGGAGAGGAUAAAGGGGAUCAGACGAGAAUAGGAGAUCGGGAAAAAUUUUGGUGGGGAAAGAAGAAUGUUGAACAUAUGACAGAAAAGCUGGGGCAUCUCACCUCGGUGGAGAAAACCUGA